AAACGCGCCUCGCGAACGGGACUCUAUCAACCCGACCCUAACCGCGAAACUGAAACUUUAACUUCGAUUAAUCCCAGCAGAAUAACCACAAUGUAUACCGAUCCGAAAAUGGAACGCGUGCGUGAUCUACAUACCAUUAUUUAAAAUUUAAAUUUAAAUAUGUCUACGACAAUAUUAAAAGAACGAUGCAUGUUAUAUUUUCUCAUAUGCGUCAAACUUAAACAUUAUCGUGUUAGUUAUUUUUAUUUAUAAACAGUCCGUACAAAAUGGAUGAAAUGGAAACAGUGUCGAGCACUGUCAGCCCGACUCCGCACCGGUCCCCGACUCCAGAAUUGCACGCGACCUAUACUUCCCUCGAGAUUCUGGUUGCGUUAGUGGCAGUGAUUGGAAAUGCUAUGGUGAUACAUGUGUUCCAUAGAGACAGGAGGUUGAGGAGAAGAACGAACUACUAUAUUGUGUCUUUAGCUAUUGCAGACUGUUUAGUUGGUUUGCUUGGUAUUCCAUUUGCGAUACUGGCAUCCGUUGGAUUGCCCAGGAACCUCUACGCCUGCCUCUUCACUGUUUCGCUGUUAGUGAUGUUGUGCACCAUUAGCAUAUUCUGUCUUGUAGCGGUAUCAGUAGAUCGCUACUGGGCGAUACUUCACCCCAUGGGCUACUCCAGGAAUGUACGAACCAAAACCGCAAUUUCAAUAAUCUCUGUGUGCUGGGUGGCUGGCGCAGGCGUGGGGUUCCUACCGCUCCUGGGCUGGCAUGCAGCAGUUGGGCCCACUCCGAGCUGCUACUUUGUGGAAGUCAUGGACUACAACUACCUCCUCUUCCUGUACUUCGCGACCAUUGUCACGCCCAGCGUUUUGCUUGCUGCAUUUUACGCGCAUAUAUACCGCGUUGUUGUUAAACAGAUGAGUGCAGUGGUGACCGUAGAAGGUGGACAGGGUCGUGCUGGAACUAUGCUGCGAGUGCUAGGAGCGGCCCAGAAACGUGAAGUAAAAGCUACACAAAACCUGGCGAUCAUCGUCUUUUUCUUCAUUAUCUGUUGGAUACCUUUGUACACUAUCAAUGCCAUAAAAGCGUUUAUGCCGGAGCUAGACAUACCGAACCCUCUCACAUACUUCUGCAUAAUUUUCUCCCAUUUAAACUCAGCAAUUAAUCCACUUUUGUAUGCAUAUCAUUUAAAAGACUUUAGAGCAGCUUUGAAAGGAUUAAUUUGUAGUGUCAUUGGAAGAGGUGUGCCCAUAACAGCUGCGUACAGGCCCCCGGCACCAAUAUACAGACCAGCGUUGGAAAGAUGCAACGCGUUGAGAGAGAGACCUCGAGUUUAUGUUAAUUCUCCAGUGUGGCUUCGACAAAAGGAAGCGGAAAGAGUUGCGUUGGAGGAAAACACGAACGCGGUUACAACACGGUCCGUGAAUGCUGAUUUGGAACCAUUUUUAAUUAAAGGUUCGGGUAGCCGUACGCCAGAGGGACGGGAAAAUCAUCUUGGUCCAUACCUCAUAGAGUCGAAUCAGGAAUGUCAGAGCCCAUGUCGAAAAGUGGAGAACUUUAUCAGAAGGGUCCGUAGUGUUAGCUCGGAACGGAGUUGACAAGAAACAAGCCGGGAACAGGCCUAUCGAGUCACGCAAUGAAGCUUUAAUUUAUUUUAGUGGAAUUUUGUAAAUAGACAGAGUAUUACGUUAUUUAUAUUUAUUGAAUAAUAGAUUUAUUUUUAUUUUACAUUUUGAAUGAUGUUAUUGAUAUUAUUGUGAUUGUUGUUGUGCAUGUACAUGGAACGUCAAUUGCUUGGAAUAUAAAUGUGAGAUAAACGG